GAGCUCAGUCACAUAUCCGUCCAGGUGGGCAUAAAUGCCCGUUUCGACUGCUGUAGCCACUCCCUUACACGCUGCUUUGAGAACCCUCCACGUCGCUGAGUUCCAGUUGCCCCUCAUCGCCCGGCGCGCUUCCCGACGUUUGGUAAGGGCCUGCUCCAGCGCUGCUCGCGUCUCUGGGGUCUCACACCACUCCUGCGUGCGGCGUCUCCGCGGUUCCUCCCCCAGGGUCGUCCGCGCUGCGUUGAAGAGAGCAUUGGUAAAGUCGGUCGCCAAUUCCGCGACGGUGGUUGUUCGCUCGUCCAGUCGUGUGUCGAGGGUUGAGGAGGAACCGAUAAGUCACCGCACACGGUGCUGCUUCGAACUGCAAUUCCCGUCGGUUGAAUUGCUUCUGUUUCGGUUUAGUCCGGACUGCACGGUUGUGGGCAAGCCUGCCACCGAGGUUGACGGUGGCUACUACCAUAUUGUGGUCUGAGUCUGCUUUGACUGGGUGAACCGGCUGGGGGAUGACGACCACGUUAGAUACUCGGCCGUGAUGUGCCUGCCUUGUCAGGAUGUAGUCAAGGCGCUUGCAAUCGUUUCCCGACACACCGUUGUAUGUGUGCCAUAUUCCGCCCUUGCGUGUCUCAAAGAACGUGUUCGUGAGAGCUAGCCUGUUUUCCGUUGCGAAGUUCAAAAGUAGCAUGCCAUUGUCGGUGAGCUCAUCGCGCCCGUACAUUCCUCUUACCCUUCCGUCCCCUCCGUCCAACCUCUCUCCCGUCCGCGCGUUGGCGUCCAGUAGGACAUACACACAUUGUUUGGAAGGGAUCCUCCGCACGAGACUGUCAAGUUUUCCCCAGAACACGCGCUUGCUGUCGGCGGUUGAAGGUUCGGUUGGAGCAUACGCGGCUACGAAGUUGACCGCUCCACGGUGGCCUGCAAACAAAAACCUCAUGGCCAUAAGGCGUUCGUCAGUAAACUCUGUAGUGAACGUGGAUGUCGUGCACAGUGACUCUUUGACGGCUAUCCCCGCACCAUGGACUCCACUCAGUCUCCGUGCCACAGCAGAACACCCGGAAACCCGCUGCUGCAAAUUCCGUUCGACCUGCCCUCCGUGUCUCCUGCAUUCCUACCACCGAUACGUCUUGUCUCGCUGCCUCGUGUAGAACGCUGUAGGCUCGCCCGUAUCAAUUGGCCCCGUUUACAGCCAAAGUCCGCACAUUCCAGGUUGCUACCCUAAGAAGUUGACCCUGCUGUCCCUUUCGCGCGGCGCGCACUGCUCUCUUGGCUAGCCUACGCGCCGCCCGACCCCUCCUUCUCCUCCAUCUUCCUCUAUUUUUUUUUUUUUUACUAUUUUCUUGCUAACACUCGGGCUAACGUGAUAGUUAUCCCGGUUCUUGUCUUGUUUCUCAUAGAGUUGUCUUCUUGUCCCGGAGCGGUGUGGCCCUCCAUCUCUGGACUCUCUCCUUGCCUCUCUCUGGGGCAUGCUCCCACGGCGUGCGGCCACUCCGCCACCCUCACCGUGCUCUCUGCUGCUGCAUGGCCCCAGUGUCCCAAGCCGGGGCGUCAGGAUCCAGUCUCAUUUUGCAGCUACCAAAGCUGGCGGCUCAGGAGCUACCCCGAUCUCACGACAGCAGUAACUCCCAACCGCCAAACUCAGGAUCCCCCUC